GUAUUAAGCGUGAGUGACCUUGGUCUUGGUACUGCGACCUACACAUUAAAAAGUUCUAUGGUGAUUUGUGUUUACGCGCUGAACGAAAGUAAUGGUUGAUACAGAAAUGAAUAUCAUUGGACUUGUGAAAGAGGUUUAUGCAUUUGGCUUUUAUAUUUUUAGUUAGUUUCUGGAAUAUUAUCAAUUCAGUCAGAGUUACAAUUGUUUCACAGAAGAAUCUCGUAUAUUUCAAGGGGUGAACGUCGAGAACUGGAGACCUGCCUCAGAUUUUAAAAGAAAGCAACAAGUUUUGGAUCUUAUUAAGGCUAACAAGAAGGAUGAAUUUUUCAGUGCCUUAUUGAGGUUAGUGCCAGAAUCUCUGCUACAACAGCAGGAGUUCAUGCGGUUAGAAUUCGAUAUCAAUCUGUUCUUCCUUACUGGGUCUUGGCAGAAGUACAAUACAGAUGAAAGACAAACUGCAAUGCAAGAAUUUAAACGGUAUUUGGAGACCAAAGGAUCAGUUCAUAGUCAGAAUACAGAGUUCUUGGCCUAUUACGCCCUUCCCUAUGUGCCAAAACCCAAUGAACAUCCUAUAUACCAGCAGUUGUUCGAAGAAACAUGGCGCAAUUCCGUUAUCUCUCGCCUGUCAAAAUUUAUUGAUUCUAUAAUUCAACCGAAUAGUAGUAAAACUCCUCGUUUAAUCAAUCUAGUGACGAGACCAAAUAUAAAACAAGACCGGUUGGUGAAACAACUCUCUAGCGAGUUAUCAGAUGCUGAAAAGCGUGCAGCGCAGUCUCAAAAAAGAUUUGCGAAGCUUCAGACGGACUAUCAAACUCUUAUCUCCGUGACUGCAGAUAUUCUUGAUGCCUUAGAGAGUAGCUUAAAAGGAAGAACUUUAGAUAGUUCAGUAAUGCAGAAGAUAUAUUCUCGUUUGGUGCAUAGCCAGCAUAAUGCAAAUAUAAGAUUGAGUGACCAGCACAGUCAACCGAAUCAGACACCAGACAAUAAAUUCAGGUGUGAAGCUAUGGGAAGCCUAACCGCUAGCCGGAAAACUGAGUCUUUGAGUGAAAAGCCGUCUGCCAAUGGAGUUUUCUACCCGGAUGAUACAAUGUCUAUGCCAUUAUUUGAAUUGGAUUAUCAUAAAAUCAAAGACGAUAUCAAAGUAAUGAAUGAUCGGAAGAAAUGUUAUCUACUUCAAGCAUUACGUUGGAGAUUGACGAAAUCUAAGUUAUCACAACGUGAAAAUUGUUUAACAUCAUUUGUUCGAAAUGAUAUACUGGAUUUAACAAAAAUUGAAUCACUUAAAGAUGUUGAUCUUAUCAAACAUGCACCAUUACUUCAUUGUUUAAAAUCAAAACAUCAUCGUGUACGUGAAUAUAUGGCACGUUUUAUCAAUGCUUUAGCAUCAUUAUCCAGAGGUCGGGCAUACUUAUCACAGACAUCAUCAGUUGUUGAAAUUCUAAUUGAUGAAGUCCGUAAAGAACAAGAUGAGUGUAUAACACGAGAAAAUUUUGUUGGUGCACUACAGAAGAUGAGUUUAAGGCGACCAAUGCAAACUGUAAUGAUUAAACAAGGAGUUAUUUUAUGGGUUACCAAUUUACUCGAAAAUAUGAAUAACUUAUCUGAUUACACUUUAGAAUAUGCUGUAGCACUCUGUAUGAAUUUGUGUUUAAGAAGUUCAGGUAAACGAUGUUGUGUUCCAAUUACAGGCCGUUUACUCAAUGUUCUAAUGGAUCUGCUUGGCAUUGAUAAUAUCGACAUAGUGCCUUAUGUUAAUGGUGCACUAUAUUCUAUAUUAUCUCUACCAGAGAUUAGAAAAACAGCUGAAAAAAUGAAUCUUAAACAUAUUCUAAAAAACUUUAUUAAACCUGAUCAACCAGAAAUGAAUCGUCAAUUUGAUUUUAUUAUUCAAAGAUUAAAUUCAUCUGAACAACCACCUGCAGAAGACUCAGAUGAUGAUGCUGAAGAUGACGAUGAUGAGGAGGAUGCCUCUAUAUUAGAAGCUGAUUUGGAUAGACAAGAUUUACCUGCACCAGAUCUAAAUGAUUUAGUUACUUUAAGUGGUUCACAAACAAUUUUACAUGAUCCAUGUAUGUGGGUUGGAGAAGGUCUACUAAAACAUCAUUAUUCAAUGCAAACUAUGAUAAAAGGUGAAGUCAAUGAUGGUAUGGAUCAGUGUAAAUCACUUUACAACAAAGGCAAUGAAAUAAAAUUAUCAAAUAAUAAUUUUGAUAAUAACUUUCCACUUCAACGACCUACAACACCUGGUCAACGUUCUAGUCGAAAUUCUAUAUGUGAAAAUCAUCCAUCAACUUCUAGCAAAAGUCAACCACCACGUAUUUCAAAUUUAACAAAUCACUUCAAUGAAGAGAUGGGUAAUCAGUACAACUUGCGUGACAGUCUAGCAACGAUUACACAAAGCUUUACAGAAGAAAUAACUCCUAGAUGUAAAACACCUACAGUCAAUGGAUAUUUAUGUAAAGAAAUUCAUACACAUGAUGUAAAUGGAAGAAAAGUCAAAAAAUUAUUGUCAAUCGACAAGAAGAUCAAGGUGUUUUUGAAAGUCGACCAAAAAUUUCACGUACACCAGAUUCUAAUUCACCUAGAGAAGAGAAAAAAUUCACUUGGAAUAACAGUAAUAACAAUAAUAAUAAUCACUAUGAUAAAUUGAAUGAAGUUGAUAUUGAUGAUGGUACAGAGGCGGAAGAGAGUGUUAUUGUUCGAUCACUUGGUGGUGGUCGUCGGCAUUGUGAUCGUAUAACAGCUUUACGACAUUCCCCAGACUCGACUGUAUCAAGCAGUACACAUAAAUAUGAUAAAUCAAUCAUUAGAAAUAGCCUACACUUAAAUGAUAAUGAUGAUGAUUAUAACGAUGAGGAAAUAUUUUCACAUUAUUCAGAAAAUAUAAAAUCUAAUAACAAUGGUACAGUAUCGAAAUAAAAUCAAUGAUUAUAUAAUCAUUAAUAAAUUUAUGCAUUUCCUCGAUUUCUUACUGAAUAAGACAAUACCGUAAUGUACGAUCUCAAUUCUAUUCAAUCAUCUCAACUAUAUUGAUAAGUAUGAUUGAAUAAAAAUGUUUUAGCUAACUAACAUAUUUGACUAGUUUAUUAAGUUAUAAUGUGAAUAUUAUUUCCUAUUCAUAAAAAUAUUUCAUGUUUUAUGUAGAUGAUUUUUCAAGCUUUUAUUUGAAAGCAUUAAAAUGUUGAACAAUACAUAAUGUAGAUCUAGACGGAG